CAAGCGACACAGGCCCCAUUUUAACUCACAUGUCCGCUCACUGUUUGCGUGCCUGAGCUGAAACUAUUUUGACAACCGCUACAUGUGUAUGUUGUGUUGUUUUUGAUCGAUAGAAAUGAGUUCCCAGAUCACGUGUGUCGGAUGGGUUGCGAGAGGCGUUUCCAAAGAAACCCCAGACAAAGUCGAGUUGAGCCAAGAGGAGCUACAGCGCAUCAUUACUGAUGCAAAACAGGAACUAGGUGCUCUGGCUGCUGCGGAUGAUGAAGACGAUGAUGAAGGGAUAGCCUGUGAGGAGACUCCUGAUGAUAAAAUUGCGAACGUUGCUGGACUUCCAGAGGAUGACGAGCUGGCAGAGUACGGCCUGGAUAGAUAUGAUGAAGAGGAUACAGUGACCACUAGUCUCGGAGACAGUCUGGCUGGGCUUACAGUGUUUAGCUCUAAUGAGGAGGAUCCUUACAUCACCCUCAAAGACACAGACCAAUAUGAGCGAGAAGACUUCCAAAUCAAGCCGAGUGACAAUCUCAUCCUUACAGGCAGGGCAGAGAAGGACUGCUGCAAUCUGGAGAUCCAUGUUUAUAAUGCCGAAGAGGACUCUCUGUACAUUCAUCAUGAUAUUCUGCUACCUGAUUACCCACUGUGUGUGGAAUGGCUGAACUUUGACCCCAGUCCUGGAGAAAAGCCCGGAAACUAUGCUGCAGUGGGAAACAUGACUCCUAAAAUAGAUGUGUGGGACCUGGAUGUGGUGGACUGUCUGGAGCCAGUCUUUUCAUUAGGCAGUAAAAAGGCAUCCAAGAAGAAGAAAAAGGGCAAGACGGGGGCAGCAGCAGCAGAGCCUGUUGAGGGGCACACAGAUGCAGUGUUGGAUUUGUCCUGGAACAAACUGAUCAGGAAUGUGUUGGCCAGUGGAUCAGCAGAUGACACGGUUAUCUUGUGGGAUCUUACUCAAGGCAAACCAGCCACCACUCUGCACAGGCACACUGACAAGGUUCAGACGGUAUCAUUCCACCCAUUUGAAGCACAGACUUUGAUAUCAGGAUCAUUCGACAAGACCGCUGUCCUGUAUGACUGCCGCAGUCCAGACAACAGCAAUCGGACCUGGCGGUUUAGUGGUCAAGUGGAGCGUCUGACCUGGGACCACUUUUCACCGUGGAACUUCCUGGUCAGCACAGAGGAUGGAUUUAUCUACUGCCUGGACGCACGCUCCGAUAAACCUGUUUUCACACUGAAGGCUCACGACGAGGAAGUGUCAGGUUUGAACCUGAGCAGCCAAAUCAAAGGAUGCCUGGUCACCUCAUCAGCUGACAAGCACGUUAAGAUUUGGGACAUUUUGGGCAAUAAGCCCAACCUGGUGCAUUCACGAGACAUGAAAAUGGGAGUACUGUUCUGUGCGUCAUGCUGCCCUGAUCUGCCCUUCGUCUAUGCCUUCGGGGGACAGAGGGAUGGCUUGCGGGUUUGGGAUAUAAGUGAUGUUGCAGCAGUGGCUGAGGUGUUUGGCAACAGAGAGCGCUUGGUGCCGAACACAGGAUCACAGGUGUCCGGCACUGCGGCCACGGCAGAUAUGGAAGUUUCUAAAUGAAGCAUCAACGACCUGAAAACAUGAAUAAACUCUUGUUGCUGUGUUCCUCAUCAUGCAGUAGUUCAUGGCAAAAGGAUUUGAAUAAACAAAGCUGCAUAUCUGAAGCAGUUCAACUGUUGGCCUGAAUGCAAACUGGACCUAACAGACCUGAAAAACUUGUUUGGCUUGUCUCUCGGCACAGGUAACAACAGCAGCAGCAGCAGCAGCUUGCACACUUGAAGUGUUCAGAAAAGAAGAGACAUGCUUUUCUUAUAUUCAUAUAAGUUACAAAGAAUUAUAUUUAGAAGCAGUGAUUCAAAUAUUUGAAUUUGUAGGCAAACUGAAAAAAAUGUCCUUUCUUUGUACAUUUACAAAUAUAAUAUGCGACUAAAACUAUUUUCAUUACAAUUGUGUCAUUAAUAUUACAUACCUGGGUUAAUGAAUGGGGGAAAUUAUAUAUGACAAGAAGCCUAUGUACUCGAAUUCGGCCACAAUAAUAAUAAAAAAGUAAUGGACUCUUCAAAAUGAUGUGUAUUCAGUAAAUAAAUACCUUUUUUACAAUG